AUGCAGUACUUCGCCUUCCACCUUCGUAUUAGCCUCACUAUCGUGUUGAGAGACACGAUCUCAGGUCGCUUGUGGGAAUCGCAGAAACGUGUUCCUUCCUAUCCGGGCUCCCUGUGCCGCCACGCCGCGACGCGCGUGCCCUCUGAAGGCGCAAAGCUGCUUCUCCAGCAGGACAUCGGGUUCGCUGCUGUCGAUCAGCAUCAUCGUGCACUUUCCCCUGCCUCCCGGUGCAGUAAGACCGUGCGAUGCGUCAUGCCCGCGGCGCAGCGUCUGCCUCUUCUUUUAUUCGCACUGGCCCACAACGCCUCGAUGGGCAAAGACCGACUUGCUUUGUUCGUGAUCGUGGAUCACGACUUCUGGGGCUACAGCGAGUAUGAACGCAGCGUGGCUGGCUCAUCUGCGGAGCUCCAACCUGCGCUGCCGAUAUGUCGAAGUGACGCUGUGAUGAUGCUAGUGAUCGAAUGCUGCAUGCUUAGCAUGAUAUCCUAUGAUAUCACACGAGCAGGACAGAGCCCCGCGUGGCCAGGGCCCGAGUGGCCUGAUGAUCCUGAUGGUCCUGAUGGUCCUGAUGCAGACGACGAGGAAGAACGCUCAGCGAUUGGCCUAGACGAGGAGUGGGCAAGCUCAGACGCCGACACCAUGUGCGCGGGCCUUGCGCACCAAAAGCGCGUCGACGCAUAG